ACUCUUGUACCAGGAAUAUCGAGAUAAAUCUACACGCCAGGAGAUUGAAACCAGACGACUGCAGGAUUCACAGACAGACCCUGAGGAAAGUUCACCCAGUGAGGAAACCCCAUCGGAAGCAGAACCUUCAAGUACAACUGAAAGCAAAGCUCCGCCACAAAUCAGUUUGCUGAGGAACUCCAACUCCAGGUUCAACUUAUGGCAGGAUCUUCCGGAGAUCCGGAGCAGCGGGGUCCUCAGCAUCCUCCAGCCAGAUGAGAUUAAGCUGCAGGAGGCCAUGUUUGAGCUGGUUACUUCUGAAGCCUCGUAUUACAAGAGUCUGAAUCUGCUGGUGUCUCACUUCAUGGAGAACGAGCGUCUGAAAAAGAUCUUACACCAGUCUGAGGCACACAUCCUCUUCUCCAAUGUCCUGGAUGUCAUGGCUGUUAGCGAGCGCUUCCUGUCGGACCUUGAGCAGCGGGUGGAGGAGAAUAUUGUGAUCUCAGAUGUGUGUGAUAUUGUCUACCAGCAUACGGUUAAUCACUUCUCUGUGUACAUCACCUACGUCUCCAACCAGACCUACCAGGAGAGAGCUUACAAGCAGCUUCUCCAGGACAAGCCAGCUUUCCGGGAAGUGAUCUCACAGCUGGAGCUGGAUCCCAAGUGCAAAGGCCUGUCCUUUUCUUCCUUCCUGAUUCUGCCAUUUCAAAGGAUCACUCGGCUCAAGCUGCUGGUGCAGAAUAUUUUGAAGAAAGUGGAAGAGAAGUCUGACAGGGAAACCACUGCCCUGGAUGCACAUAAAGAACUGGAAACAGUGGUGAAAGCAUGUAACGAAGGUGUCAGGAAGAUGAGCCGAACAGAGCAGAUGAUCAGCAUCCAGAAGAAAUUGGAAUUUAAGAUCAAGUCUGUGCCCAUCAUUUCUCACUCCCGCUGGCUGCUGAAGCAGGGGGAAUUGCAGCAAAUGAAUGGUCCAAAGACAUCACGAACGCUUCGCACCAAGAAACUCUUCAGAGAAAUCUACUUGUUCCUUUUCAAUGAUCUGCUGGUAAUUUGCCGGCAAAUUCCUGGGGACAAGUACCAAGUGUUUGACUCGGCUCCCCGGGGACUUCUUCGGGUAGAGGAGUUAGAAGACCAGGGACAGAGUUUGGCCAAUGUCUUCAUCUUGAGGCUGCUGGAGAAUGCAGAUGAGCGGGAGGCCAGCUACAUGCUGAAGGCAUCGUCCCAGAGCGAAAUGAAGCGCUGGAUGAUUUCGCUGGCCCCAAACCGGAGAACCAAGUUCGUUUCAUUUACAUCCAGACUUGUUGACUGCCCACAGAUCCAGUGUGUCCACCCAUACGUGGCCCAGCAGCCGGAUGAGCUGUCCUUAGAACUGGCUGACGUCCUCAACAUCCUGGACAAGACAGACGAUGGCUGGAUAUUUGGGGAGCGUCUUCACGACCAGGAGAGGGGCUGGUUCCCCAGUUCUAUGGGGGAGGAGAUCCUGAACCCCAAAAUCCGAGCCCAGAACUUGAAGGAGUGUUUCCGGGUGCACAAGUCAGAUGACAGUCAGCGGAGGAAACUGGGCAGCAGAAACCGCCAAUGACUGCUGGUGUCCCCGAGUGUCUGGAUCGCCUCUGGGAGAGGAGCAGAGGACAGAGGCUGCCAGCUGGGAGGAUGUGGCAGUGGUGCUGUGGGCCACAGUGCAGGACCUGGUGUGCCAGACCAGGCACACGCAUCCCUGAACAAACAGACUGUAGUUCCUGGGCUCCCCAGCAGAAUUCCUGCAGCACUGAUGCUUCCCUGGAGAUCAGUGCUUCAAACUGGCUAAAAUAA